UAUAUUAUCAAACAGGUAUAAUGACGUGUAAACCACAUGUCAUAUUAACAGCGAUGGACCAAAAGCUACUUUGCCUCGGCCCUACAGAACUCAGCUCCAUGGAAAGGUUAUAGUCCAUUUUGUUUACUGAAAUUUGGUUAAUUAAAACACCACUAAUGUAGUUAUCUCAAAAUUCCAAUUAGGAUAGCAUUUGCUCAUUUUUGCAACGGCAAUGUUACCAAUGGCCGACAUGAAUCCUAUUAAAUAGUUGUAGAAAAGUUGUUUCAGCAAAUUCCAUAGUACUGGCAGCUAUUUAAUUAACUUUCAUGGGCCGCCUUUCGUAUUUUUUUUAUUUGUCACCGCGUCGCGACAUUUUGUAGGUUUUAUGGUAUUUCGAAGAGAACAGCAGCUCAUUCCAAAAAUACAUGUAGAUGCAAAUCUAUGUAGAGACGUCCAACACAUAUUCCACAAAAUUGCUCACUUCUCAGAAAGCUCAACAGACAGUUGCCGGCUGGCGAAUGUUGACGGAAGUAGCCUGGCCCUACGGUACCUAUGUGUACAGUUCUUCCUAGCAACUUAUUUGCUAAGCAGCCUCUCUGCUAUGAUUGGUGGAUCAGAUUAUUUUACUUUCACUUCUAUUUUGCCGAUUUGCGCGUAUCUGUUGGGAGUAGCCUAGUAAAUAAAGAUAAUUAUUGUUUAAUCGACGUCGAUGCCACCGAAAUAUUAUAUUUGUUUACAGUACGCUAGGUCUACUAUUUGUUUUUGGCGCAUAGCACCCCGGUCGUUAUACCAACGUACGCGACUUUAUAAAACCGAAAGUGGUUUUGUAGCUCAUUACAGAGAUGCUGUUAUAUCGAAUGCUAAAAAAAUCUUGCUCCUAACUCUGAAUAGUUUAAUUAAUAAUACAAUUUCGUUGGUAGCUGUGUGGUAAUUUGCGUGUUUCCAAAUAUAACGUUCGCCUCAAAUGAAUUCGGGAAGAACGACGUAUGUAUGAGAGCUAAGAACAUAAGCUGUGCAAUUGAACGAUGGUUUUCAGCGUUGGACUCCUGAUUAUAAGUUAUUUGACUGCCCCUGCUGUGUCUGGUUUCCCUUCUUCACACCUUGCCCAAGCAGGGUUUGCGGGGCAAGAUGUGGUGCUGUCCUGUUCUCUGGUGGAGGAGGGUGGAGGUUUCGGAGCUAUGGGUGCCAGUGGAGGCCACUUCUCCCGCACUCCAGCAACACUGGUUCUGAGGGACCUGCCUAUGUCCCCUGACCUCUCACCCGAAACCGUGACUCCCUACAUCCCCCCAGAGAACCCUGAUCCAGAUGACAUCAUAAUAGAGGCCAAAGUGACAUCACCUGAAAUCCCAGAAGCAGAUUCACUUCUCCACGCUGACUGCAACGAGCAGGAGGUGGCCUGUGAAAUCAGCCGCUACAUCCCCCGUGGAUUCCAAGGGAAUGCAGACGAGGCAUUUUUCAUCGGCUCCGUGGCGCUGGAAGGGGGUGGGGUAAGUCUCACUCUGGUCCUGCGGACACUGCCACCUACUAGCGAGGGGUGGGAGUCUGCAGCCUCUCCUCUCCUGCAAAGCAAGUUGGAACUUCCCCUCACCCCGUCUGGAACCCUCCUGACUGAAGUGGCAUUUGUGGUGUUCUCUCGCUCGCAGUCCAUCACAGCUCCCCUAGGGGGCGACACGCUCUUGGACUGUGGCUUCAAGCAACAGGAACCCUUCCCAGUGCAUGCCAUGUGGCUCGAGUGGCGUUUGCAGCACAGAGGAAGUGGGUGGAGAGUGAUGGAGAUGAAGACCGUGGAGCCAGAGGAGCAGCCAAUAGUGCACGUGGACAGAAACGGGUCGAGCGUGGACCCGGCUCUCGCGGUGCAGGAAGGGAACGUGUCUCUGACUCUGAGGAAGGUGACGGUGCCUGACGAAGGCACAUACAUCUGCACCGUGGGCAUCGGGCUGUACCAGGCCCAGCAGGUCAUACAGCUCCACCUCACCCAGCCCCCCAAUGUGUCUCUCUCAGUGGACACGGUGAUAUUUAAGGAUGGCUUGCCCCAGAAAGUGAGCUGUCAUUGUGAUCGCUACUAUCCACUGGAUGUAGAGGUAGAGUGGCUGUAUCUCCCCCCUUCAAAGGAGGAGCCUAUCUCCCUUACCCAGAAUUCAUCACUCACGAGUCACCGGCAAUUCUAUGACAGAACCCUCUCCCUGUCCUCCCACGUGACCCUUCACCCCUCUGCCCUACCUGCCGGGAGCGUCGUCACCUGCCUGGUCUCGCACCGCUCCUUGGCCACACCUGUCGCUGUUAGCCUAACGGUGUUAGCGCCUGAGCCAGAAAAGAGGUCCUACCGGAUGGAAGUCCUAAUGGGUCUGGCAAUUGCCACACUCCUGUUUCUCUACUUUAUUCUGAAAUAGAUCACUGAAGAAUGCUGAGAGGUGGAAAAUGAGCAGAAGAAAGGAUGGGCUGUAUUCUCCUUGGUUGGGUGGUUGGGUUGUCUUUCAUCGAUAAACUGCAGCUGUAACAUGGGUUUCUAUUUAAAAAUAAAGGAGAAAACCUUUCAUAA